AUGGCACCCUUGAGAUCCGUUUCUGAACUUGCAUCCAUCGUUGAACGCGAUACGCGGACACUGGAAGAUGGGUUGAAAAGAUCUCCCGAGGCUCAGUUCUCACUUGCAUUCGGAGCACCGCCACAAAUCGAGUUGUCUCCUACUCUUGGGGGAACUCGUGAUGAACUUCUUGAAACCAUCGAAGAACUACGUAUUCGCCUGCUGGGACCGAUGGGGUAUCUAUUAUCUUUCCUAUUACCAAUGUCCGCUGCAGUAGCUGUUUUCAAGACUCUAUAUGCAUUCGACAUUGCCUCUCAUAUUCCUCUCGCACCCAAUGCUGAGAUAUCGUAUAAAGAUCUCGCAAAAAGUUGUGGCCUUCCGGAGGAGGAUACGCGUCGCAUUGUGCAGGCUGCUAUCACCUUCUACGUGUUCGAAGAAGUUACCCCUGAUAUGUCUGUCAGACACAAUGCCAUCUCAUCGAUGUUUACUGUGCCUGAAAUGAAAGACAUCUUGGGUCUAUUUAUCGACGAGCAGCUGUCCGGCGCUGCCAAGCUUGUCGAGAGCAUGCGGCGGUUCCCAGACAGCGGGGAACCAGGACACUCUGCUUCGGCGUUAGCCAUGAGAGAGGAGAAGGCAGUUAAAGAAAUGGGUAUUGAUAGGGAGGAGAUCGCUGAUCCAAGCAAGAAUUUCUUUGAUUACAUUGCCGAAGACGAGAGACGAGUUGCCCGCUUUCGAUCUGCUAUGGGUGUUUCGACCAAAGCUCCGGCUUUUAAGUCGUCGUAUUUCGUUGACGCCUUGCCGUGGGUAAAUAAAGACCAGUGCCCGGAGACAGUCGUCGAUAUCGGUGGUGCCGGUGGUGAAGUAAUCCAGCUAAUUCUCCGCACGUAUCCCAACAUCAAGAAAGGUGUCGUGUUAGAUCUCCCAGAAGUUGUCGCUGAUGCCAAAGUUCCCGAGGACCUUAACAACAGAUUGGAGUACAAGAGCUACAACUUCCUCAAGGAGAAAGUAACUUAUCAUGCGGAUGUAUAUAUAUUUCGCCAUAUCUUCCAUGACUGGAGCGACCAGUACGCUGCCAUAAUUUUGAAAAACCUGGUACCAGCUCUUAAAAAAGGGAGUAAGAUUUGGCUUUCUGAGGUUGUUCUUCCCAACUUGAGCGAUGGAAAUCGACUGAGAGAUCGAAUGCAGAGGAGUGCGGACGUCUACAUGAAAUCCGGAUUUAACGGUAAAGAGCGUAGCAAAAGAAACUGGGAGACUCUCCUGGCUGCGUCUGAUGAGAGACUUCGUAUUGUGAAUAUCACGAAGCCUUAUGGUGUUCAUGACUCAGUCAUUGAGAUUGUAUUUGACGCCUAA